AUGACCGUGGCGAUGAAAGCCCAGGCCAGGUGGGAGGUGAUGGAUAGGACAGAUGUCUUCUACGCUGGCGUAGCUCUCAUGGUGCUGGGCACUGUGCUGGUAGUCUGCAGCUUCCUGUCUCUGGGAUUCAUUGGAACCUUCCUAGGUGAUUACUUUGGCAUCUUGAUGGAUGAGAAGGUGACAGGGUUUCCCUUCAACAUCACGGAGAACCCGAUGUACUGGGGCAGCACUGCCAACUACCUCGGCCUAGCGCUCAUUGGUGCCAGUCCUGUUGGUCUCGUCCUGACUGCCAUAGUAGCUGUGGCUUAUAAGGUGGCAAUAAGAUUUGAGGGACCAUUCACUGAACAGAUCUAUCAGGAGAGGAGUCAGCGGCGCAAGCAUGAAUAAUCACCUCCCUCGUAGGCGCUCCCUGCUCCCGGUUUGGCUGAAGAUUCUCGUCCUGUCACGAGGACAGGCAGACUGUACGAGGGGCAGACUUCCCAACAGACCUUGACCGUUACUCCACCUCCGGUGUGGACUGAAGCUGCAGUCACAGUGUAGCUGACAGUGUUUCUUUUUUGAUUUUGUUUUCCGCUCUUCAAAUGAAUGUGGAAGCUACAUUUUCUGAUGUAAGCACAUGGUUAUGAUGUACUUAAUUGGUCAAGGGUGCUUAUUCACUUUCUUGUUGAGAAUCAGGUGAGAAUAUUGACAACACUCUCAUGUUUGUGAGUUAAGAAUGGAGAUAGAUUCAGAAGGUGAUUAACUUAGCGUAGCUUUGCCAUGACUGUUGUUCAUCAAGAAACAGUUCCAGUCUUUAUGCUGAGCUAGGCUGACCUCCAUUCAGCUCCGUGAUGAACACACAGACAUGGGAGUGGUAUCAAUCUUCUCGAAAGUAAACAGAUACCAUUCCCAAGAUGUCAUGUAAUUCCUUUAAAGCUGUGAUAGGAUAGAUUUCUACUGCAUGUACAGUAAAAACACACCCACUCACCACCACCACAAACCUAAAUCAUAAAGAAGAAAUAAAAAAAAAAACCAUCCACCUUAAUGUAGACACUAUAUGCAAUGCUUAAAUGUCAAAUUCAUCAGGUCAGGUAAUGUCACUGGACAGACAUUUCGGCUUAGGUUGGUGUAAAUGAUGCAGAGCAAAAUACCAGCUUAAAAGAGCAAACUUUGCAGAGAAAGUUUGACACAUCAGUGCUGAUGGCUGAACCUGUUAACCACCUCCACCUCAGCGGAUGACAUGAAGAAAUAGAAAUUCAAGAAAAUUUUAGUAAAAAAAAAUAUUGCUCUUGCUCAGAGGUAGAACUCCAAUAGAUAGAUCCCAUAGCUUUGUUCCAUUGAGAUGCAUCGUUGACCCAUGUCAAAAACUCCUAUCAUUUUAAUGACUUCUGUGAUGUUGAUGUCAUUCCAUCUAUUUCCUUUCCAGAUGCAUUGCUUUGACAACACAAACAGCAUUUUGGCCAACAGACACAGGUACCCUUGACAUAAAAUGGUGCAACUGGCUCCAUAUCACGAUAUUCGUAAGAUAUACAAAGACUGAAAGCACAGGUCGCCCGAUGUCAGCUGGGAUUGGCUCGAGCCCCCCGCGACUCUGUGAAUUGGGUAAGCAGUUGACGUUUUUUCGACGAUGUUUUUCACCAGUUCAUUACAAGUUCUCAAUUAAUCUCAAAUGCUUAUGCAAUUCUUAAACAAACCCACAUUUGAUGAAGGCACUGUGCUACAUUUGAUGACGUAACUGUUUUGAACGCGACAACACUUGGAACAGCUGGUGUGAGUGAAAUGUCCCUGGUGUCCUUCAAAGCAGAACAAAAGAUUUAAAGGAGUUGAGGAGGGUCACGAAGACCUCAGUGUAGCGAUUUUGUUCAGAGGAAAACUGUAGAUCUGGUUUUUAUUCUACAAAAAAACAACACAAAUGUUAGAUAGCCUUCAACACUGCCAUUGUUGUUGAAACCACAGAUGUCAUGUAACACACUGUUAUUCAAUGGUAUGCACGGGUUUUUCUAUGUGAUCUCUUUCAAAUGUACCUAUGCAAACUAUUCCAAACUGAAGAACACACACGACCUGGUGAUGUACUCUGUGUGCUGAUAGCAUUUUAUUUAUGUAAUAAAAGAGUAAGUCAUGGUUCGCA